AUGUUUACUUUAUUAUUAAUUCCAUUUGUUAAUGCUCUAUUCUCUGGUUUAGAGUAUGUCUAAGUGAUAUCUUAAAUGGAAUAUUCAGCAUAUACUUUUAGAGGUGUCAUAACAGUGAUUCCAUAAACAAAUAAUAUCUUAUUAUGGAAAUGUCAUGAUCUAGAAGAAGCAAUCCCAAAUGUUUAAUUUAAUCUUUUAGAAAAUGGAACAAUAUUGAAGCUAGAUGAUUUUAAUCUAUAAUAUGAAUAUGAAGUUAAACCUAAUCCUUAAUUUAUAUUUACAUACUAGGAUUCCACGUAAGGAAAAUUAGUAAUUGAUUAUUUAACAUUCAAAAAUCCAGAAUAUGCACUUAAAUUAAAGCAAAUUGUUGAUCGAGUAAUUAUAGACGAGUAUACAGUUGAUUGGGAUACUGUUCAUUACAAUUUACAUGGUCUUUAAGACAAUCUAGUAUAGUUUUGUAAGAAACAUUAAGAUUAUAAAACAGAGUUGUGA